GCUUCCCUCCCGCUCCCCCCGGUCCCUCGGUCGCCGCGGUUGCCCCCGGGCUCCCGGGGGUCGCCCCCGCGGAGGGAUGGGCGAGCACAACCUGCUGAACCCGGGCUUCGUGGGGCCGCUCCUCAACAUCCACACGGGCGACGCCUUCUACUUCCCAACUCGCGCGUCGGGCGCGCAGAUCCCGGCGCUGCCGCCGCUGCCCGCGUACCCCCGCCGCGACAACUUCGCCUCGCUGCCCGCCUGGGCUCCCUCCGAGCCCUGCGGGGCCUACGCGCAGCCCUACCUGGGCUUCGGCCGCGCCUGCGAGCUCGCCCGCGGCGAGGGAGGGCAAGUGCUGCUACCGCGAGGGCGACAAGGGCAGGGGAGGGAGCCCGGGACGCGGCGCUGGCUGCCGCUGGAGCCGCUCAACGCCGGCGGCGGCGCGGGGCAACGGCGGCAAUCUGGGCAAUCUCGCGGGGAAUUUUGGGGCAACCUGGGCAACCUGGGCAACCUCGGCGGCGGCUUCGGCAAGUUCGAGUUCGCCGGGCCCGAGGGCGGCGCGCAGGAGCCGCCGUCCUGCCCGUCCCUGGAGUCGGACUCGGGCUCCUCGCUGCUCACCGAGGGCGGCAAAGGCGACGCGCCGGGGCUGGUGUCGCCCCUGAACGCCGGCGGAGGGGGCGCUCCGUGGUACCCGAUGCACACGAGGUCGCGGAAGAAGCGCAAACCCUACUCCAAGCUGCAGCUGGCCGAGCUGGAGGGAGAAUUCCUGGUGAACGAAUUCAUCACCCGCCAGCGGCGCCGGGAGCUCUCGGACCGCCUGAACCUCAGCGACCAGCAGGUGAAGAUCUGGUUCCAGAACCGCCGCAUGAAAAAGAAAAGACUCCUCCUGCGGGAGCAGGCGCUCUCCUUCUUUUAA